AUGUGUUGCCGAAGACGCCGCGCAGCCCGCCAAGCCUGGCUUGAACAACGCGCCCUCGCAGGCGGUCCCCGCGGCUGCGGUGGCCCCCGCCACUUCGGCCCCGGCCCCGGAGGCCCACCCUUCCGUCCGCCCUGGGCAUCAGGAGGCGGCUACGGCGGCGGCGGCGGCGGUGGUGGUCCCCCCUUUGGCAGAUGGCGCGCCAUCCCACAAGACAACGUCCCCCAGGACCCCUUUCGAGAUCCUCCCGCCGCUCCUCGAAACGACCCAGCUACUAGAGACCCGGAAAAGGGAGGCAUUAAGAUGAACGUUAAGGACGUUGAAAAGAGCACGCCCGCUCCCUCCGCCCCCGUCCCUACUCCGGCUCCAGAGGGUGACUCGAAGAGGGUUUCAUUCAUGUCUGGUCCGUUUUCGCGGUGGAGGGAGUCCGUGAGGAGGUCGUCUUCGAAUGCGACAUUGCCUCCUAGAUAUACCUCUGGCGUCACCGAGGCGCCGCCGUACUGGAGCGGUGAGCAGGCGGGGAAUAGGCGGUCCUUGCCGCCGGAUUACGAUGUGGCGAUUAAGAACUGA